AGACAUGGCAUGCUGUUUCUCUCGACAGUCAGUCCGUAUUUACAAUUUGUAAACGUUGGUACGGUUGAGCUCCGUUACUUGCUUUCACAUAAACGAAUUUUUCGCAAAUCGAACAGUUUUUCGCGACUUAUAAAUAGACAAUCAACUUUUUUACUUUAUCGACUACACUGUAUAAACGAUUUAUCGAAUGGUGUUGAGUUUUUAUGGUUUUUUUACCGAUUACGGAGACUCGUCAGCCGAAGAAGUGUUGUGAUACUAUUUAUUUACUCUUCUUGUAUUUUGUCGGCCAAUUUCCACUUUUUUCUCAUGUAAUCCUUUGUGAGAUUUAACUAAGAGGUUGGAUAUUGCUUCCGUGUAAUGAGUUUUACAAACAGAUGUAGUGCUAUGGAAUUCUUAUUCAAAGUGAACAUCGGACCACCUUCAUGUUUCUGAAGACUCUUCAAUUGGCGCACGUGAUGUGGUCUUCGCAGGGGUGGGGGUGGCGCUUCCCCCUUCCCCUGGUAUUUCGGUGUCUGGCGCAAGCCCUCGCCACCGACUUCCACCGAUUCCUAGCAAGAUUUUCAGGUCGAAGACGACUACAUUUAUAUCAUCACAAAUAUCCGCCUCCUUGGGCUUUCCUGUUAUUAGUUUUAGUAUCUUCAUUAAUUAGUAUAGUAGAUGCGUGCUCAUCUCGCACAACACCAAAACCUAGGCCUCCGGCUCCAACACCUCGGCCCAACAUCACAUUCCCUACGUACGCUUGUCCGCCGGAAUAUGCGACGUGGUACUGCCUCAACGGGGCGACGUGUUUUACAGUCAGAAUCGAGAACUCCCUUCUCUAUAAUUGCGAAUGUCCAGAGAGUUAUAUGGGACCUAGGUGUGAAUAUAAAGAUUUAGAUGGAUCCUAUCUGCCAACUCAACAAAUGCUAGAAACGGCAAGUAUAGCGGGGGGAGCAACGAUAGCUGUGUUUUCAGUAGUGAUAUUGUGUAUUGUAGUGUAUUUGCACUACAAACGUCGCGCCAAAGCGAGUAGGACUGGUACGGACUGUGUAGAUAGUAGAACGACAGCUGUAAAUACACCAACAUUUGGUGCUCGAUGGCGAACGAACCCACCUUCACCUUCAACAGAUCUUCCCAUUCGAGUGCAGGAUAGGGGAGAUAUGAAGGAUCAAGAUAGUAAAAUCGAACUGCAACAAGUAACGACGCUACUACCUACUUCGAACGAACCAUAAUGUGUUAGUGCAUAGCUAGCAAUAAAGGAUAGCCAUUUCGAAGGAUGUUUAUUUUUUAUUAAUCAUAAGAUUAUUUCCAUUGGCCUUAGAAACUUAAUUUUGGACAUGUUUUAAUUUUGUUUGAUUUAAAGUAUUACAGCGAACAAAUGAUAUCUUGACUUUUUCUUAUUGUAUUUGGUUUCUAAGAACUUUGGCGAUGAAUUUUACGUUUGAUAAAAUUUCAAAUAUAUAAUUUUGUAUAUUUGGAUCUCUGUCCUUUAUUUUUUAUCUGGCUGUCCCAUUAAAAAUUGAAUGUCUUGGAACUUCAGAUGCUCGGUAAAUUUGAAAAUGAAAUUGUGAUUUUGAUUAUUGUUAUUCUAACCAUUACAGGUUUGUUUUUCUGUCAUUCGUUUUCAGAAAAAAUAACAAUUUUACAGUUUUUGAAUUCGAAGUUGAAAGUCAUUCAAAUUUUAUUAUGAUGUCCUGUGCAGCUAUUUAAAAUUAUUAGUGAUAUCGGCUUUUAUAGUGCAUACCUACUGUAAUUAGUGGAUUAACAGUGAAUAAACCAAAUUUAUACCUUGUAUGAAACUUUUUUGUUAAAAAAAGAAGUGAAUAGCACUUUGUUAUAUGCAGCUUCGCUAAGUAAUUUAUUUUAUUUUUAUAUACACAGUGCAGCUUUAUGUUCUGCAAAUUAUGAAUGUCAAUACUUUGGCACCAAAAUUAUAUGAAUAGAAUAAUGUUAAAUAAUGUAACAUUAAACAAUUUUAUUUUUCGGUUUUUAGUAAGACUGCAAUCUGGUAAGCAAUUUUAUUGCAAUUAAUGUAACAAGUUCCAAUCAUAUUGUGUCCGAACCUUUAAAUUAAUUAUUUUUCUGGGGUAUGGAAGAUGAUACAGUUUUGUAAAAUUGAGGGAUAAAUUGAUUUUAAUAUACAUAAUUCAUAAUUCGUAUUAUUUUUAUAUGAAUCUGCAUUUUCACAAAUUAAGAACUGUAGCAUGCAAGGCAUUUUUGUAAUUUAAAAUAUUAAUUAUCCACCACUUACUGAAGCAUUGUGGUUUACAGAGAUAAAAAUUCAAAGUUUCAACAGAUGAAAUGUAAAACAAACUUGCAAUUUGUAAUAGUAUCUUAUUAGUGUCUUCCUUUGAAAAUAAAAAUAUCAAUAUUCCCUACUUCACUUUACGAAGUGGAAAACAUGUCAAACAAUUGCUUCCACAACACUACUCCAUAUAUAAUAUAGAACAAAUUCACAUCAAUCCAAUAAUAAAUUUUAAACCAGACAAAAAGAAGAAACAAAUCAACAUUAUAUUCACAUAUGGAUCUUGAUAUAAUAGGAGAAAUUGAAGAUAAGCAAAGAUGAAAAAUAUUGGUUUUCCAUGGUUAAAAAUCCUGGAAAAACUUAAAACCAAAAAUGUGGUUGAAUAACGCAUCUUGUGUUAUUUUAAACAUUUUUAUAUUGUGAAAGGUUCAGUUAUUAUAUUCAGCUUUCUUUUACGUACAAAGUGAAACAAAUGAUAAUAUAUUCCUAACUACCGACCUACGCUCACAUUGUUCAACACAAAACUCCCUGCCAAAUGCAAACUACAGAUAUUAGAUGAGAUUUCAUAUCCAUCUUAACCAAAACCACCUUUAUAAGUUCCUUUUAAAGUAGCAAGCAUCCUUUGAACAUACCUCGAAAAACGACUAUCUACAAAUUUCAAGUUUGCCUCAUGGUAUAAGCCUGUAGUAGUAAAUUAUUUACCAUACACUGUUUUUUAUUGCUACCCCAAGCCUCCAAUGUGUAAGGAACAGCAAGUGAAUUUGAUAAAUUUUUGUCAGUAUCAUUUUUUAUACAUUUAUAUAUAUAUAUAGUAUCUAUCAAACGGAAACAAUUUACCAUCACUGUUUUAUAUAAUUUGCAGUCUUUUGAGGUAUGUAUGCUUAUUAAACUAACAACAGUAUCAUCUUCUUUGUCUUGUAAAGUAAAAUUAGGUUAGAUGGAUAUUAUAUCACAUCUAUUAUCUGUAGUUUGAGUGUGACAGGAAAGUUUUUAAACAGCCUGUAUAUAGAUUUCGUGAGUAGGUUUCAUAUGUCUAAUAUGCUGGAUAUAGAAUAUUGUAUAUAACUACAUAACUGGUUAUUAAAAUUGUUUCCAUUUUAAUAUUUUCUAAUAGAUUGCAGUCUUACUAUUUAGUGGUACCUGUUUUUAGAAAAUUUUCGAUCAGGUACAAAUAUUUUGAGUGGUACAAAAUUUUCCAAUAGCAAUCAAUCACUCCUUGCUAGCUAUGACAAUAUUAGUCUCGUAGUAAGCAAAAACUGUAUUCAAAACAGUGUAAUUUGUACAGCAAGUCUGAUAUAUAUAAGUCUGAACUAAGUUAUGUAAGUUAUUCAACAUUGUAAAUAUAUACCUCUUAGGAGGUAUUUUAAUAAAAGCAAUUGUAUAAAUUCAGUUAUGUAUGUCUUGUACUGUGCGGAUUGAAUGAUUUUAAAUUAUCAUUUUUUUUACUUGUGUUAAAAAAUAAUAGAAGUGACUAGUUUUCGUAAACCUUAGACUAACAGUACUAAAAACCUAAAACAGAGAAAGGCAUAACAUAAAGUAUAAGGUCAUGAAUCUAUUACAAAAGUUUUAUUGUUUUAGUUUCUCAUUUAUGGAAUCAUUAUCAGCAAAUAAAGGGUAUAAUACAAUUAAUUUAAUUGCAACCUACAAAAAUAAAUUAUGGUACAUUUGAAAUUGGAUUUUUUAUUUAAAUUCAUUGGAUUUCAAUGAUGUGUAAUAUUUGUCAUUUUGUUUUUCUGAUAAGGAAACUAAAAUAUUGAAACUAAUGAAUUUUCUUUUCUUUUUAUGAAAUUGAUACAUUUCUUCUUUCCACUAAUAAAAAUUUAUUUAAAAUUUAUAAUAUUUUUACGCAGCUAUCAAAUUAUGAUUAAUGUCAAAAAUUCAGUUUAAAAUAAAGUUGUGUCUGAAUAAAUAAAUUUUAAACUAUCUUAAUAAACUAAUUGAAUAAUAAAAUUUUCGAAUGGUAAUUACGAAUUUCAAUUUCUAAUUACAUUUCAUUUGAAUUUCCAUAAGACAUUUUUUACAUUAAUCAGUUGAUAAUAAUCGAUUAAAAAUCGAAUUUGUAAUAGAUUGGUUUUAAAAAUAUUCAAUUCUAAAUCAUUCAUGGAACAAAAUUGAUUUUGUUGGAAUAUUGUAAAAUCUCCGAAUAAAGGAAAUUGGAUUGUUUAAUCGAUUUAUAUAAUUCUUUACUAGUUUUAUAUGAAAAUCUAUUGUCUAGAUAAUAAUAAAAUAAAUCAAAAUCUCUAUUUAUUUUCAAAAUAAAUUGUUAUUUCUAUUAUUGUUUUAUUUUUAAUUGGUUAAUAUUGCACUUCUUGAAUAAACAACUAGUUUGAAAUAAUAAAUUUAAACAGACAACAACACAAGAGCAUUUUAUCUAGCAGCAAUUCUUACAAUCUUUCAGUUCUUAAAUUCAAUUUUUCUCUAUUCUAUGGUUACAUGACAUUUUUUUCUUUAAUACAAUUUUUACGCACUAAUAUUAAUCAAUAAAGAACAGAAUUUGGAUAUUUCUUAAACUCAAUUUGAAAUAUUUCUGAUCUAAAUAUUCUCUUUUAGACAGUUUCCUAUUCCCUUUUUUAUUCAGAUCUCUCCAUUCUUACCGUUUUAAGUUUUAUAAUCGAAGUUGAGUUAAAGUUAAAUUAAUGCUUUUCUUUCCUCUUUUUAUCAGACAAUGAAAUUCUCUAUACGUACCUCAAAAUUCAUCUGUUCAUAUCAUUUUUCAUUGUCAUAGUUUCUUAUUUUAUUAAUUGUAUUUAAAGCGUCCAUUUGCCAAUAUUUUUAUUUCGGCUUUGAUCAAGCUCCACAAUUUGCUGCUUAGAUAGUUGCAGAUUUUUUAUAUACUAAAUGAAUAAGAAAUAUUUGGAAGGUAUUGCUGAAAUAUAAGGGAGAAGAGGAAACCCCCUUUUCGCCUGGCGACAUGAAAAUAGUUUCUGAUAAAACAAUUUCAAUUACUUAAUGAAUUUCAUUAUAAAAAUCACCAAUCUGAUAAUGAUUAAAUUAUCAGAUUGGUAAUUUUUAUAAUGAAAUACUGUAGAUCAGUAAUAUGUUUCGAGGAGAGAUUCCUCAAAAUAAAAAAUUCACCAUUGGUUUUCAUGGCAUAUUUAGUUUUGGAACAACUAGCCACUUCUAAAUAAAAUAUACUACAUUCCCGGAUGUAUUUGUUGAUCAAGCCUCGCUAACACUUCGUUAUUGUUAACUUGUUAUUACUUUUCAGAUUCAGUCAGUCGGCAAGUGUCCUUAAAAAAGUACAAAAGUUCUUAUUUUAUGAUAAUGAGUAACAUAUAAAAGUAGAAUUAUUGUAAUUUUUGUUUAUAAAGUUUUGUCGACAACUGCCUUCUGUUUGUAUAAAUGUAGAUAAUGAGUAAUUAUAUUCCAAUAAUAAAUGUCAUGGAACAUUUUAUUAUUAUUGGCAAUAAUUAUGUAAUUUAGUAAUUUAAUAUUUAUAAGCACUUGGUUCCUAAUUUAUUAAAGUAACAAUUUUUUGUAUUAUUAUUUUAGAGUAUUAUUUUCUAUAAUAUACCAAAGUGGCAAACCUCUUUUACUCCGUACUGGUACAUUUAAAAACAAGUAUGUAAUGAUAAGUUUAGUUUUCAACAUAUUUUACUAAAAAAUAAGAUAUUGAAUUAGGUAUUAAUGUUUUUAGUGCUGUAAUUAAUUAAACCAUAUGUUUAAUCAACAUCUCAGAAAUUUUUAAAUCCAUUUCUAUAAUUUUGUGACAAUAACUCAAGAAUGUUGUCAUUGAAUAGUAGGAAACUUAUCUGCAUUAGGUAUUGUCUGUCAUAAAAUAAAUAAAAAAUAAUCACAAAUUUGAUAUUUUACUCAAGUGAACAAGCAAUAUUGUUAUUUUAGCUAUAAUUUUAAUAAUUUCUACGCCAGUUGACUAAGAACAUCGAUUUUUUCAUUGGAAGCAUUGAUUUUAUCCAAAUUUUUCAUUUCCAUUAAAAUCAAGAUCAUUUUUUUUAAUAGAUACGUUUAUAACCAUUUUAGUCACAUUACUUUUCAUUGUCCUUGAAGAGAAUUCCAUUUAUUAGAGUUCGAAAAGCGACCAAAGUUUGAAAUUAUACUAAAAGGAUCUAUUACAGGUCAUGAAUAUGUAUCAUUAAUAAUUUUCUUAUGAUAAUGAGGACAAUCAUUUCCGGAAUAGUCCAGGUUGUGUCACUUUAUCAAACCACAUAUAUUUUAUUGUAAGAAAGCCAAAGUAGACACAAAUUAAAAUGGUUAGACAUAUAUAGGCACAUAAACGGCAAGGAAAAUAUGUCCAUCUAAAAAAAAACAAAAGCAAUAUUACGCCUGGAAGUAGUAUAUAUCUAGCACCAUCAGAAGUUAAGUUUCAAAAUAACAUAUCUAUUUUUUGACCACUGUGUUUUAGCACAUACAAAUGUGUUUUUGUUCUAUAGAGCUUUCUCCUUCUUAUUUCGAUAUCUACAAAAUAGAUUUUGGAAUGUUUCCUCCUUUUACAAAGCAAUAAUUCAUUUCAUUACCAAUAAUUUUCAGUCUGAAUUUUAUCAUUUAAAAUUUAAGUUUAGUCAUUUUGUAUAAUGAUAUGAGCUACUUGUGAUAUUAUUUUAUUAAACUUCAAAAAUAUUACCAUGAAAUUUUGAUUUUGGCUCUAACACAUGUACUAUUGGUUGCUAGUUCAAUCAAUCCUGAUGCCAAUGGUAAGAAGCAGAGGUUACUACAAAAAAUAGAAAUUUUUUAUAGCAGUGUUUUUAGUAUUUUAGUGAUAUACAAAUGAAUUUCUUGAAUUAAUGUUUUUGUCAAAUUUGGAUGUAGCUCUGCUACUUUUGCUUUUCACGCGAGUUUUUUUAAUUCUGUAAAAGACCUAGUGGCGGUUAUUUUCAUAAUAUUUAAUUUGAAUGUGUCUUGAAAUGAAAAAAUGUGUUCAAAACUAGCAUUGUUGUUAUGUACAAAUAAUAUCUUAUAUUAAAAUGUACUAUAUUGUAUUUUAAAUUAUUUGAGUAUUCUAACAUUGCUUAUAUUUGUUAGUUUUUUGCUUUUUUCGCUGUUUGCUACUUUGGUAUUUGGCCAAUAUUCAAUUGCCAGUUACAAAAUGUAAAUUAAUUAUGCUCCAAACCAAAGCCUUAGUAUUUUUUGUGCAACUCGAAUGGAAUUCGAAACAUUAUAUAGAACUGUUCUUUAAUCGAGUCAAAUUUUAAAAAAUUUCUAAAUGGCGAAUUGCUACUAAUAUAACAAAUAUUUCGUCAAAUCAAAUAAUAAUGAGGUUCAUAAAAUAUCUUAAAGAUUGUAAUGAUAGUAUUUCGUAUAUAUUUACAUAUAAUUUACUUUAUAUUGAAUUCUUAGAAGCAUGUAUGUGUAUAAAAUUUUUUACAUAAUUGAAAACAGUAAAAAAGAUUAAUUAUAUAAUAAAUAAAAUACGAAAUACUCUUCUAGUUUUUUGUGAGCUAACAGUAUACAGAUUGAUGAGUAGGUCAGAAACGUGAGGGCAAUGAUGGGGCCAAAAUGGUUUCAACAGAAUCAUAUUACUAUAAAAUCAAAAUUUCUAUUCCCUAAACAGCUUGUAGUUAUUACUGCUUUUAUUAUUGGCAUCAUUUCAAAUACUAAACUGUUAAGUGCAUCGAGGUUCUUUUUCAAUGAAUAGGAAAAUAUUAUAUUAUUUCUUUUUUAUCUUCUAAUCUCUUACAUCCCACAACUAUAUUGACUCCUUUUGAAUCUCAUAGACUCAUCUUUUUAAAUUUUGUCCUGUUUAUUUGUUUGAACUGGAAUAUCUGGUAAAAAUUCCACUCAACUUUUAUUUAAAAUAUUUUUUGCAAGAAAAAAAUUCUAAAAGGGAACAAGUAUUCAACAAUUGUUGUGAUUCUUAAAAAAUUUCUUACUUAAGUAAUUAGAGAAUGCCAUAAAAUUUAUAUUAUUUUGAAAUUUUUAAAUUAGGGGAGUAUUCUGGUCUAUAAGCCUAAAUUUUAGGCAUUUUUGAAACUAACAUAAAAGAACAUGUAAAAAACAUACUAUCCAUUUUUUAUAUGUUGACUUUAAGAAUAUAAAAAAAAAUUCAAUAAAUUACGUGGGGGCUACAAAAAAACGGUGUACCCUGGUUGACAUGAUUUCUGCCCUUGUACUUCAAAUUGAAAUUUUUCAACAUCCAAGGCAAUAAA